CCAAGCAGGUUUACCAACUUGCAGACGAACUUUCAGGUAGGCUUCGCCGCUUCGCGAUAAAAUUUCGGUAUAUUGAAAGCGGGGAAUGCUUGAUUAUCGUCCUUGCUUUUUCUUACCCUCUUCAGGCAUAUUUUUGUUUUUGUAGGAUGUCUUGUGGCGCCAGAACCCCGGCGAAGAUCACAUGGUCAGCUUCGUCCGUAGGCUACCGACAAGUAGCCUAGCCAGUGGCUACUCAUUGCGCAAAAGGAAACCUCCAAACUGGUCAAUACGAUGGAAGAAGAGGCUCCUCCUUCAACAGCAAAGCGAGAAGGUUCAUGGGCAGUGAUAAUAUGAGCGCACGAAACCCCAUCCGGCAUUGUCCAGCCACUUACCACGACCUCCAAGAGCAAUCAGCCCCCAGUGAUUCACGCCUCCAUGCAAUAUCGCACACAUUCGAGAUAAUCACCAAGCCGCUAGGCCUUGAAUUUGGGAUGCGACAGCUCGCAGCCUGCAGUACUGGGCAUGCGAUGUUGAGGAAUGUCGAUCCCUGCCGUGACCUACUUCUCAGCGUGCCAUCGUCCAAUGAGACCCUGCCCGGGACCGUCAAGGAGGAAUGUGGACGGACCAGGCCGCCUGGAAUGAAAAGCAGUCGUGACUGGCUCGUUCAAGCCGGUAGAGUUGAAACACUGAAACAACGACAACCCCGCCAGAGUGGACCAAGACUAAUCCGGGGUGAACACACUCAAACUUCGGGCGGUCUUUUGGGGUAUUUCCUUGGGAAGGGGGAGAAAGGUCCAGUCUCUUUGGAGUUUCAUGAAACCCCGUCGGCUCGAAUAGAGAGGGGAGGUCAUUUGACACCCUUUCCUACUCCUUGCACACAGCGAUUCCUCAUAGACUGCCGGCAGAGGCAGAGCGGUAUGACACACCAGUGCACUUUACCAUGGCUUUCUGCCCGGAGCCGGGCCCUGUCUUUGACAUCUUCAAAGGGGGCGAGGGGGUUGCGCCCCAAAUGCAGUGUGACGCUGCGUGAGAAUUUGCUCGUUGGAGAUGAACACAAACAAGCGAAGGGCGAGCGGGAGCAACUUGACGCGCGCGGGUGUCUAGAACAAGCCCUUGCCAGCCCGUCGACUUGGAUGGUAAUUCAUGGCGCCUUGAAGUGAAGUGCCUUUACAAGCACUCUUGGUUGCCAUGCUGAUGGGACCGAUGUAGGUUUGACAGGGCGUGUUGGGACGGACGGAGAAGCUCA